AUGCUCGGUUUGUGGAGUCGACGUUUUUGUUCUGCCAUUGGUAGGAAAAGCAUCAUACUUCCAACCGCAGCAGCUUUUUUGAUGCCUACGCAGUGGUUGUCCGGUAUGGGUAGCGUAGACAAUGAAGUAGCUAACCAAUGCAAUAACAGCCUACCUCCAAUACUAAACGGUAUCAAAGAAGGAACUUUUGUAACAUACACUAUAGCAGAGCGAUGGCCGAAGACGUUGGCAAAAGCUGUUGAUCAUGUGCACUGCAAACGAAGAGAAUUCAUGGAGCAAUAUGGACCUGAAGCUGAUGCAGACGUCAAAUCCAUUAUACACGAACUGUCAGAGCUCCGCUAUCGCAUCAUGACUGAUAAACCAUUGGAAGAUCUCACUGAUACUGUCUACCAUUACGAUAUGUGGAAUAAAUUGCUAGCAGAUCUUCGAAAAGAGUACGGCGAAGAACAAGUCACGUGGUAUAGGAUGAGUUGGCUGUUUACUGAGUGCUUUCUGUACAGAAAGGUCGUAGGUGCCGUUGCUAAAACGAAAUAUCUUAAAGAUUUCGAUAUCUAUAGAGAACAGAAAGUAGAAGCAUUCAAUGGACACCUUCAAGAAACGAAGGAUGGUCUGGACUACGUAUUUUCAGUUGCAAAAGAUCUAAAUGAGCAGCAAGAAAAGGAGACCUUAGAAACCCUCUUGAAGAUGUCUUUGUGGGGGAAUACUUGCGAUCUAUCGUUGUCUAGCGGUGAUAGUUCACAAAUGAAGCAGUCUCCAAUAGAGGCAGCACGUCAGUCGGAUCAUAAGAUCUUAUGCAACGAUUUGAAGGUUGCGAUCGACUCUUUUUUACUGAAGCUCAAGCCAAAUAAGAACGGAUCGCGGGAGCUACAUAUAGUUCUCGAUAAUGCUGGACCGGAACUUAUGGUUGACCUCAUGCUUGGAGAGUAUCUCAUGGAAACAAAGCUUGUGGAUAAGACCGUUCUACAUGGGAAGGAGUAUCCGUAUUUCGUUUCUGACUGCACUGCAGGUGAUUUCAAGUGGACUUUAGAGGAGCUGAACAAGCUAGGUGGUGUUUAUCAAGAGAUGUGUCGAAAGCUCAGUGAAAGAGUAAACAAAAAUGAGCUAGUAUACGAGGACCAUCCAUUCUGGUCCUACCCUCACCCUUACUGUGAAAUGAAGUUCAAGGCACCAGAUCUUUACGAGAGACUUUCCGAAGCUUCACUCAUCGUAUUCAAAGGAGAUCUCAACUACCGAAAACUACUCGCCGAUAGAGAAUGGCCAUAUGAGACUCCGUUCAAGACAGCACUUAAUGGUUUCCUACCAGCUCCAGUGCUUGCUCUUCGAUCGCUGAAAGCAGAGCUUGUAGCUGGAUUAUCCCACGAUGUCUCGGAAAAGAUGAAGGCAGAGCCAGACAAGAAAUGGCUGUCUAGUGGCGACGUAGGCGUGCUAUCAAUUGUUUCAACUUUCUUAGUUGUAACAGCCUGGACAUUGAUCUCGUGUCAAUCUUUUAGUCAUUCAAUGUCUACUUCAAUGUCUGUCAGACCCUAUGGCUGUAAAAUUCUGAUGUUUUCUGGCUAUGGAUAG